AUGAUCGCGGGUAGGCCUGAAUCAACGCGUUCCCAAUUAAAGGUUAAAUUGCAGGAAAUAAGAAAGAAAGCUGAAACCGUCGUUAAAUAUACUAAGUCAUCAAAGGAACGACUGAAUAAAGAUGUUAAAGAAGUAACUGUAAAAAUCAGACGAAUGCGUGAUAAUGUAAUGAAAAUGUUUGACGAUUUAGAAGUUUCUGUUGCUAAGGACGCUGAAUCAUUUAAGACAGAAACACUCGAUAAGCUGAAUAAAAAGCAGUCUGAUAGUGAGAAACAUGUUGCUAAUGCAACAACAUCUCUGGAAACAAUUGAUAACGUUCAUCAGAACGGAACACCAUCAGAACAGUUUAUACUGCAACAUAGAAUGAAGAGAUAUGUCAAUGAACUUAGCAGCAACGUUGACAAGGAAUGUCAGAGGUUAGAGACGGUGACCAUUUCAUUUGAUUUUGAUGAAAAAUUGAAACUAACCCCACUAUCGAUUUCGGAUUACGUUCCAGGACAACUGACAAUAAAAUACUCUCUAUCGGAAGGUGUGAAAUCCAUCGCACCUGUUGAUCCGAUUGUUAAGUUAAUGAAACUUGCUUUCAUUGAUCUGAAAAAGACUGGAGAUGAUGGCAUUGAACCGUUCUUCUCAGGAUUAGAUUUCCUACCGGAUGGUAGACUGGUUGUUGUGGAUAAUGAAAAUAAAAAAUGUCUGAUUUAUAAUAAGAAGCUCGAAAAAGUAGGACACUACCAGUUAUUGUAUAACCCACAGGGUGUAGUUGCUGUAUCUGAGGACGAAGUGGCAAUAACUAGUGCCAGUGAAUACAAGAUAGACAUUCUACGUGUCAGUAAAUCAAAUGACAUAACUUUGAUCAGGACAUGUAAAGUUAAUACAAAAUACGAGACUAUAUGUUCGAAAGAUGAGAGACACUUUGUUGUUGGAGCCAACGAUGAAACAAAGCCUGUUCGUAUUUUGUCUUUGUCAGGAGAAGAGAAAGAUUUCAGUAUAAACUUUCCAAACAAGAAGUAUUCUGUAGGCACAAGUGUUUGUACAUAUAUUAGGAAAAGUGACAAAGUAGUUCUCACCGAUGAGAACGAACAUACAGUAUACAUAUAUGACAUCAGGAGUAACACCAGAGUUGUUGUCAAGGACGACCAAAUCAAGGAACCAUGUGGUGUAGCAGUAGGCACAUCCGACUGUAUCCUGGUUUGCAGUAAUGAAACACAUUCCAUUGUACAGAUCUCCCAAACAGGUCGUGUCAUAUCAUCGUACAAGUUAGAUAUGGGAUAUCCAUACAGAGUCUGUGUUUCCAAAGACAAAUCAGUUAUAGCUGUCACUAAUUGCGCGACUGCUGGUGCAAAGUUGCAGUUACUAAAAAUUACAUUAUAA